AUGGACCAGCCUCCGCGGGCUCCCUCCGGGUCAAAGGGAAUAAACCCCGCAGGCCAGAACAUCGCAGCGGCCGCGAUCCUUCUGCAGACACUGCCGGAGCUAGAGGACCAGGCCCAGAGGAACCUUCACCGCCAGGUGCGGAACCUGGUAGAACUCGCCGCCGUCCAGCAGGCGGAGAGCUCCUCACUGCACCGCACGUACGUACGUCCGGGCAAUUCUUGGGACCUCAAGAACUGCAAGCAGGAGACCGGCGAGUCCCUACGUGACUACAUCCGACGCUUCUCCAAGAAGUGCAACUCACUCCCCGGCGUCGUUGAUGCUGACAUCAUCAGCGGGACGCACUGCAAGACCCUGGUCCACAAACUGGGGUGCCAAAAGCCGCACACCACACAUGAACUCUUGGAGAUCGCCACCAGCCACACCUCCGGCGAGGAGGCGAUCGGGGCCAUCUUCGAGCGCGACCCGCAAGCGGCGAAGGCAAAGCAACAUGACCGUGACAGGCCUUCCUCAAGCCGCAAGGAUAAGAGGAACAAGAAGAAUCGCCGACCUCCCGCCACCGGUGAGGUCGCGGCGACCGACCGCCAAGAUAAGCGCCCUCCUAGAAACGACCACUUCAACCAGCUUCUAGAGAGGCCAUGCACCAACCAUGGCUAUUGUGACGUGAUGAAGCGCCUCCUCCGCAGGAUAGCCAAGACCGACGGCGACGGCCGCGACAAGCGACCCGACACCGACCAGGACAAAGAGAAGCUGGCGGAAGGAGAGUUCCCGGACGUGAACCGGUGCUUGGUCAUCAUCGGCGGCCUGGAGGACGAGUGUUCCCGGCGAUUGCAAAACGUGCGACUCCGCGAGGUAUGUGCUGCCGCGAGUUCUAUUCCCAGAAAGUUAAAGUGGGCAUCCACGCCCAUUAUUUUCGAUCAAGAUGACCAUCCGGCCAGCAUCCCUCGGCCUGGGAGCUACCCUCUCGUCGUCGACCCCGUCGUCAGCAACAUGCACCCAUCCAAGGUGCUGAUGGACGGGGGCAGUAGCCUCAACAUCCUCUACAUCGACACCGUGGAGGCCAUGGGGAUCCCGCGAGCCUGCCUGCGAGCCUCUCUCUUCCCCUUCUACGGCAUCCUGCCGGGCAUGAAGGUGUACCCGGUCGGCAACAUCUACUUGUCGGUCACGUUCGGCAUCAAAGCCAACUUCCGCAUCGAAACCCUCAUGUUUGAGGUGCUGGACUGGAAGGGGGCGUACCACAUCAUUCUCGGGCGCCCCGCCUACACCAAGUUCAUGGUGGUGCCCAACUACACCUACCUCAAGCUCAAGCUGCCAGGCCCGAACGGGGUCAUCACGGUGAGCGGCUCCUUCGAGCAGGCCUAUGUCAACAGCCGCGAGUACUUCGACCUCGCCACCACUGCGGCAAACUCGGCUGAGCUUGGCCAGCUUCGCGCCACCACUCCCGAGUGUCGUCCUGACCCUGGCAAGCCCAGCCAGGCAUCGGCCUUCGUCUCAACUGACGAGACCAAGCCGGUCAUGGUCGAAGACACUGACCCAACCAAGACGGUGCGGGUCGGCACCCAGCUGUCGGCCAAAUAG